GACACUAUUGAAAGUUGUAGUAGUGACAGUAGUGUGGUCAGGUGGUGUUUUGUGUUUUCUUUCUUGUAAAAUAUAAAUAUAUUAUUUAUUAAUUUAUUUACCAUCGAUAAAUAAUUAUUAUUAUGGAGGCCGUCCUGGCAGUCGAAAAAGAUGUAGAUAAAGUACUAUCCAAGUUCACUGGAAUAAACGAUCACAGCCGUAGGGUGCUAACCGAUUUAAUAGACCAAAUGAAUAACCUGAAAGAGGAACUAGAAAAUGCUCCAGAAGAACAUCAGUUAACAAACAUUCAACAAGAUCUCUUUAAAACCUCAAUGACAAAAAUCAAAGACACGGUAUCAAGAUUAGCAGUAGAACAUAGAGACUUACACAGCUCGGUUUCUAAAGUGGGCAAAUCCAUAGACAGAAAUUUCACACAAGAUUUUGCUGCUUGUAGUCGCGAGAAUGCUUUUAGCACUACUGAGAAAAUGGAUACUAUAAACAAAGUCAUUUGUAAACAUUAUUAUAGGCAAGGCAUGCAUGAUGUAGCUGAUUCCUUAGUAGGCGAAUCUGGUGUAUCAGUGGAAGGCUACGAAAAAGAACCAUUCACAGAACUCCACCAUAUUAGUGAUAGUUUGAAAAAUAAAGAUUUUGAACCACUACUGGCAUGGGCUACUGCUCACCAUGAGGCAUUGGACGCACAAAAUUCCUCAUUGGAAUUUAUGAUUCAUAGACUGAAAUACAUCGAACUGCUCAAAUUGGGAGUUGCUUUUCAAUCUGAAGCUAUAGGAUAUGCUAGGACACAUUUUAGGAAUUUUGUGCAUAAGCAUGAAAAAGAGAUCCAAACAUUAAUGGGAAUGCUUCUUUUCAUUCCGAAAGGCAUUGAUUGUUCACCUUACAGGACCCACUGCGUUCCAGAUAGUGAAAUGUGGCUCGAAAUUUAUGAAAUGUUUAUAAGGGAUGCUUGUCAAAUGUUAGGGGUUUGUGAACACAGCCCCUUAUUCACUUGUAUCAAUGCUGGCUGUCAAGCUAUACCAGCUUUGCUUAAUAUUAAACAAGUUAUGAUGCAGAGACAAGUUAGUCAGAUAUGGAAAGGAACUGAAGAGCUACCUAUUGAAAUUGAUUUGGGGCCAGAUAAUAGAUAUCAUUCAAUGUUUGCUUGUCCAAUAUUAAGACAACAAUCUACUAAAAAUAAUCCUCCAAUGAGACUGAUGUGUGGUCAUGUUAUAUCAAGGGAUGCCCUACAAAAAUUGUGCAGCGGCAAUAAGCUGAAAUGUCCAUAUUGUCCAUUGGAACAAUCACCGCAAGAGGCUCGGCAAAUAUAUUUUUAAAAAUGAUGUAAAUAAAAUGGGAGUUAUUAUUGGCAAUAAUUUCUCUUUUCUAAGUUUUCUUGUUUAGGUAUUUAUAUAAUAGCUUAAGUAUAAGGUAAUAUAUUUUCAUUUCUGAUUUGUUGACUGGCCAAAUUGCUAGAUGUUCAAGAAUUGAUUACAUAUUGUUUUUUUUUUAAAUAUAUAGAUUAUGAUAAAAUAAUCAUUUCUCCGUUA